UUUCGGUCGUUUAGUCCGUAUUCUAUAGUCUGUGCUAUAUAAUUUUGACAAUCCAAAAUCAUCCUGAAAAAGUUUUGUUUUUCGACAUUAUUUCCAGAAAUUGAGCGGUAUUUAUAUUUGCUUGAAAUUGCCUUUCUUAAACUUCAAAAAUGGUGUUUUCUGCAAUUCCUACCGAAAUUAAGCCAGUAGCGCACCUAAUGAAAUUAGCAGAGGAGCAUGAAAGUAGAAACAUUGUAGUAGCCUAUUGGGCUCGCAUGGCCGCAUGUCGCAUGGCAUUGGAGAUGACGCCCGGAAAGAGAAGCCCUCAAACUACUGCAUUAAUCAAUGAAAUUUUAAAUUGGCUUGAACAAGUAAAAGUAGCCAACAAGGAUAAUGAUGGUAUUCGUAGUGAAACUGCUGCACAAGCUAUUAUAGAAGACUAUACUCUAAAUUUGUUUAAUUAUGCCGACCAGCAAGAUAGAGCGGAGAUCUACAACAAAAACACUGUAAAGUCUUUCUACACUGCUGGUAUUUUGUUUGAUGUGCUUCAGCAAUUUGGUCCGUCAGAUGAUUUAUCAGAGAAAAGGAAGUAUGCCAAAUGGAAGGCGGCCUACAUUCACAAUUGCCUAAAGUGUGGAGAGGCUCCUAUACCGGGACCUCCAAAUACAGAUCCAAAAAAUAAAUUGGUUCAUAUUAGCGAAUUGCCGGAAGAAGAGCAGCAACGUUUACUGGCAGAAAAAAAACGUUUAGAAGAGGAGCUUGAACAGCAGAGGCAAUUGGAUGGUGAUAAUGGUAUUAACCCAGAUGAGUGGGAUGACAAAGAUAUUUCCUCCCCUCCACGUGAUAUGCCUACCAUGCCUAGUGAUGAGCCUAAUAAUGGCUUUGCGUUUCCAAAAAGUUCACCUAUAAGUCCUUAUGUCCCUGAAGCUCCUGGUUUUGUAAGUCCUGCGGCACCUUCUACCCCACAACCCCUGCCACAAUCAACAACCCAUACUCUACCUUCGAAUAAUGGUAAUCAGAUUCCAGUUACUCCUGAACAGAUUCAGAAGGCGCAGAAGUAUAGCAAAUAUGCCACUUCUGCAUUGAACUAUGAUGAUGUUAAAACUGCUAUAGAUAAUUUACAAAAAGCACUGAAUCUGUUGCAGUUUGGAAGAGAGUAAAAAGUUUUUUGAUAUUAUGUUAUUAUUUAGAGCAUAAAUUUUUAUUUUAUAACACAUAUUGUUAAUUAGAAUAAUUGCUUUGCUUUUGUAAAUACAUAUUUUUGUUCUUAACCUUGCUAUUUAAUAAAAAUUUGAUUUGUAUAUUUUA